AUGUGCACUUUUUCAGAGAGUAUGGAGCUUUUAAACCAACCUACAUCAACACCUAAUCAACAUCCGCAUCACUCCUCCAAUGGUGCAGAUAUGAACUCCAUCGGCAGCUACAUGAAUCAUCUACAACAGCCGUCUCAAAUGAGUGGUCCCCAUCAACGGCCAUCAAAUGGAAGCAACAAUCUUGAGCAACAUGCGAUGAGGCCGGCAACAACAGGAGGCGACCCAUCUAAUCGUGUUUUCAACGAUCAGAAAUCCUCGAUUGAUGGCAGUUUGCACCAAGGCAGUAAUAGUAAUCAAAUGACACAAGAAAGUAUGAUGAGCCUUCAGCAAAAUCCCAUGCAACAACAUCACCACCAAAGCAAUCAGAUGGUUUCCUAUAACUUGGUUUCAGAGGAUUCAUCAGUUCGACUUCCUCCGUUGACGUUAAAUGACAGAAGUUACUCAAUAUCAUCAACUGUUCAUUUAUCUAACGGGCUCCAAUGUCAGUUGCAACAAAAUGAACUGACCGACAAUACACAUCAAUCGUCACAAGUCAACCAGUGCGAUUAUAAUCAGAAUAUGAGUGAACAGUCUGAGCAACCGAUCUUGCGUCCAAGCAGAAUGGAGUCUACAAAUCAAUCACACCAGAAUAUAGAUUCCAUGUACCAUAUUGACCAACCUCAGCAGGUAGUAUUCCAAGCAAAUCUACAAAAUCGAUCAAAUAGAGUUAUGCAACAAACUCCCAACAACUCAUCUAAUCACCAAAAUCACUUAUCCUUGAAACAACCUCAUCUAUCAAUGAACUCAACUCAACUGCAGUCUGGAUUCCAAACUGGAAACCGAAUGAUGCCCUCAUUCCAAGUAAAUCCUACUACUCAGGAUCAAGUACCUCAUCUGAGCCAUAUGGACCAGCCGCCACCCACUCAACAUUCCAUGAACUCGAUUUCCCAAUCACAACAACAUCCAAGUCAAUUGAGCCAAUUGAGCUGUAACUCGAAUCAAAUGAGCGUUCAGAACCAUGUUCUGUCGCCUUCAAGCACUAAUUCUAACAUGUCUUUGAACAUGAGAUCAAAUUCGAUUUCAUCUUCCAGUAGCUCCCCAAUCAAAAAUUCAAUUUUACCUUCAACAAGCCCAUGUACCAUCCCAAUGAACGCCAAUUCUACAACUCAACUGUUGAUGGCUCUGAACAAUAAUUCUCCAAUCACAUCUGAACAACUGCAAGAGAUUCAGAACAUGACUACUAUUUCAGCCGAUGGCACAGAGAUUCUUCUUAUGCAAGAGCCUCGACUAAAGCAAUAUCCCAGUAUUGCUGAAAUGUGCACCACUGACCUCCGCAGUGCGUGCAAGAAAAGAUCAUUGCCGCACACAGGUCCAAAGCCUCGUCUUUGUGAACGACUCAGAGGUCAUGAAAAUGAAGUGCUGGAAGAAAGGAACCGUCAAAAUAUGAAAGAGUACACCGAUAGACAUCAAAUGUACGAGGCUCAGGCGGCCACCCUGAAAGCGUAUCAAGCAAAGAAAGCACUUCUGCAGGUUCAAAGCAGUCCUGAUAUGGGAACUUCAAACGUGUAUGGUGCGCGUUCAAAUUCCUCGCAAUGUAUUUCUUCGAAUGAAAAUUCCAUGUCAUCAACUUCAGUGGAGGGCCCACCUGCCAAGAAAAAGAGGAUAUCCAAGCCAAAGAAAGCACUACAGUCCAGAUUGGAAAAACAGACUACUAUCACAGUUGCACCUCAAAACAGUUUAACCAUUCCUGCGGACAGCUGUAACCAAGGUUCGACCACCACCAAUGCAAUCAGAACCCUCGUCAAUAAUACCAAUCUUAUGGGAGGAAGCAACACUCAAAAUGGCAAUACUAUGGUCAACGGCCAAUCCAGCCAGAACUCUUCUUCGAAUUUUUUUGGAGACAUGAAUCAGACUGGAACUGGAUUCUUUAUGAAGGAUAAUAGUUGCUUUUCUCAUCUUGGAUCCGGAUGCAGGUUGAUUUCCGCCAGCUCCAAUGAUGACAGUCAAAACACAUUUGGUGGUACCGGCAGAGCAUUCCAAGCAGCAGUGCCACCACCACCAGAAAACUCUCAGCUCCAAUUUCAAAACUUUGGGAUGACUGAGACUAUUCCACAACAAUCAAAUGAACAUGUAUCUCAACAGCAACAGCAAAUAGCUCAAUCUCGCCCGAUGAAUUUGAACCAACAGCAAGUAAUUGAAACUCCAGUGAACCAAAGCAUCUCAAACAUAUUUAAUAUCUCUACGGCAAACACAAUGCAGCAGCAACAACAACAGAAUGUUCAACAACAGCCUCAGCAGCAACCGAACUUCAUUAACUCAUCGAUGGCACAGAAUGGAUUGCAAGCAAGUCCAUGUGUUGCUGACCAGGCUGGACCAUCCCCAAGUAUGCCUGUCAGCGAUCCUAUUGCAACCACUUCCGGUAGCCCUGUUGUUGUUAGCGCUGUAGCGGAAAGCACAAGCGAGUCUGCAGAAUUGAUGGAUCUCGAAACAAUGCAAAAUUUGUUGUCACCUGCGACAUUACGUGCUCGAGAAGAUCUUCUUACUCAACAACAAGCCAAGAUUAAUGAGCUGGUCAAAUUGAUUCAGAAAAACCAUGACACAUUGCGUGAACAGCAACAGCAAAUUAAUUUGGCUAAAAAACAACAGAAACAGAGACAGCGACAAAAUGUUCCUUCAGCACCGUUGGAUAAGCACGUGAAUAGUAGAUGUAUUCAACAUGCUAUAAAAAGCCGCCAAAACUUUCAGAUGAUUAAUGAGCUCACUACUCAACAAGAUAGUAUUCGUACUGCUGAAACACGUCUCAUUGAGCAGUUACACAUCAACACCGCUACAGAUGAUAUUGCUCGUUUGAUCAAACAGGAUGGCAGAACAGCUCUCGUUAUUGUUUCUUUGCUACAUGACUAUCGUACGACUCGAGAGCAGAACAACCGUGCCAAAUCAACGACUGGCGAGCAGCCUGUUGUAGCUGAUAGCACAGCAGUGGAGGUUACAAAAAAGAAAGCUCCAGCCAGAAAAAGGAAUGCCAAUGGAACAACAAAAACAGCACCGAGCAAAAAGACUGCGCAGCAGAAACAGGCUGUUGAUAACGAUGUGAUUCAGAUUAUCUCUUCAACGAAUGAACAAAAAAUCCCAGUUGAACAAUCUCAGCAACAAAAUCAACAGCAAAAUUCGCAAAAACAAUUCCUCGAGUUCCACCAUCCUCACGUGCCACAAAGAGUUAGCUCGCAAUCUGAUGUCGACAUGGAAGCAAUCUUCAAAACUGUCAUUGAUGCUUCACGCAGUCAACAAAAAGAAAGUCAGACUAAACAGCAACAGCAGCCUCAACAACAGCAAUAUGAUAAUGAAGUGAUCUCGCUUCCAUCUGAAGUAUCUUCUCCAAUGCGCACACAAAGCCAAAACAGCGUACAAUCAGUGUUUUCUGAUGGCUCUUACAGCAGAAAUAUGGCAUUCCAACAGGAAAACUCGCCACAGGAAAUAACAUAUUCUAUGAGCAAUGGUGCUGAAUCUAAUACUUCUCAGCAAAAUGAGUCACCUCUUCAAAACUCCCAACAUUCAGAGGUUGUAAGCAAACAGUCCGAUAUUGUGGAAAUUCUACCACAGUUUGAUCAAAAUGUGAUGAACCAUGACGUGAAUCAAUUCCAUAGCAACAUGAUUUAUAAUGAAGAUUCGAAUCAAGAAUUUAUUGCUCAAAACAGUCAAACGCAUGAUCUUGAUUUCGACUUCCCAGACAUUGAUCAAAUGGUCGCUAAUAUUCGAGAUUCCGAUCCUCUGAGCUGCCCACUAGACGAUAUUGAUUUGACUGCAAUUUUGAAUAGCUGGACCGAGACUUCCGAUCCAAAACAGCAGCAUACAUCUGCUGAUAUGAACAUGUGUGAUGACUUGGUGUAUGAUGGAUCACAAAUGAUCAAUCAGGAUAUGAACUGGAAUGACUAUGACCCUCAAUCAAACAUUAUUAAUCAAGCAUUUGAGCAAUCCCAAAUCAAUUGAUUUUCUAACCAAUUAAUUCUUUGUUAAUUAUUACCUUAUUUAAAUAUUCCAAAGCCAAUCAUUUUUAAUUUUUUUACAUUUUAAUCCUUGCGUUAGAAUUUGAUAGCUCUUUAACUAGUUUUAAUAAUAAUUCCUCCUUGCAUUUCCAAACCUGUAAAAACUUUCCAAAAAAGAAAACUUUCCCAAAAAAUUUGUUCCAGUCUAUAAAAAUAUUCCUUCUUCCACGAUUCCCAAAUUUAUUCCGGUUUUUCUUAUGUUCCAUAGCUCAAUAGUGUUCAUGCUCUUCUUGCAACUAGAUUACUUUCUACCGUGCAAAAUAGUUUUGUUCAGUAUAUUCCACAUUCCUAUCAAUUCCAUCCCAAAACAUUCAAUAUCUACUACUAUUUCUUUCCAUUAACUUGAAACCAUUUUGUCCAUCUGGUCGUGAAAAACAAAAAUAAACACCUGUCAUUUGCA